GGAGGAGCGCGGGGUCUCGGAGCGAACCGGGACGGCUGAGGGUUCUCUUGCCGAGGGUGGUGUAACCUGGAUGAGUCUGCUUGGAAAACAGCAAAGCUAUGACAAAGGUGCCAUGGGAACUUCACUUGGGAGCUGCAGGCAGAGAAAAGCAUGUUCCUCCGUGUUUCUGUCAGCAGCACUGUCAUUGUGCAAUCACCUCAGUGACUGAGAGCACGCUUGAACCUCCAGCAACUGAGAGUGGAACAGGUCUUUGGCUCCACAAUGAGGGAGAGGUUAUUGUCUUGGAAGAAGCAGGAGCAAGGCAGAGAACAUUUGCUCAGGGUCACCUGAGGCGCAGCUUGGUACAAUGUGCAAAGACCAUCAAGCCCACAGGAUGCUCGUGAAAGUGUCAAGCCCACCUGAACCAUGGAGCUUCCCACAUCAACCCACAUGCUGCUCUCUCCCUCUUCACCCACAACAGCCCCACCUGGCUUAUGGCAUCAGGUUACCCUGAAAGGAAUGCCUCAUUUUCCUGGAAAAACCAAGUGAUUUUGCUGUUAGGUGACAAGGAUUGGUCACCAGCCAGGACAUAUGUCCUGGAGCUCAAAGAGAUGGAGCAGUUGCUCCUCCCAGAGUUAAGCCACCAUUAGAGCGAGUUGUGAGUGGGUGGGGUGAGACAUGCUAAAAGGAAAUACUAGAGAGCUGAGUAAACAGUGUAAGUUGGAGGGAAGAGAGAAGCAGCAUGGCAGAGCUUUGUGUCAGCUCUGUUCUGGUGACUGGGGCCAACCGGGGACUCGGUCUGGGGUUUGUCCAGCAUUUCCUGAGGAUGCCAAAACCACCUCAGUGGAUCUUUGCGACCUGUCGGGACCCCAAGGGACAGCGAGCACAGGACCUACAGAAUUUGGCAUCCAAACAUCCCAACCUGGUCAUCAUCGCUCUUGAAAUUGGCGACCCAGCCAGCAUCAAGGCAGCUGCAGCCAAGGUUGAGGAGCGCCUGGGGGGCUCUGGGCUCAACCUCCUCAUCAACAAUGCUGGAAUGGUCAGGCCUAAGAUGCUUGAGGCUGAAACACUGGAGGACAUGACUGAGACUUACACCACCAACACAGCUGGACCCCUGCUGAUGGGUCAGGCAUUUCUGCCCUUGCUGAAGAAAGCUGCCCAGGGCAGCCCAGGCUCAGGGCUGAGCUGCAACAAGGCUGCCAUUGUCAACAUAUCCAGCAUUGGUGGCUCCAUCGCUUCUGCCUUUGGUUGGGAGUUGAUGCAAGUCACCUCAUACCGCUGCAGCAAGGCUGCUCUGAACAUGCUGAGCAAGUGCCAGUCCCUGGCGUACAAGGAGCACGGCAUCCUCUGCGUCGCUCUCCACCCCGGCUGGGUGCAAACCGACUUGGGCAGCGCUGCCGGACACGCGCCCCCAGUGACAGUGGAUGACAGCGUGCAAGGGAUGCUGAAGGUCCUCUCCUCCCUCUCUGAGAAGGACACCGCCACCUUCCUGGACUGGGAAGGGAAUGUCAUCCCCUGGUGAGACACCACUGCAGGAUCCUGGCAGCCAGAGGUCCCUCUGGCAUUGCUCCCACCUUGCCCACAUCCUCAAUAAACUCCUGCUGAGACCCCCAGCUCUGUUGUGCAGUGCCAGCUCAUGGGGUGGCCCUUUC